CCACAAAGGGAAGAUUUCAGCGGAAGUUUGCGUGCAAGGCCAGGGUGUAGAGACGUAGUGAACUGCCGAGUCAAUCAGAACCAAACUGAAAGUCGACGGAAGUCGGCGGGAAAACGUGUCUCCCUCCAAAAACCCGCCGCACUUAAUUGACGAUGGGUCUGAAAGCGUUGAGUGAACGUCCUUCGACUAUUUGCGUUCUCCUUCUUGGAUUUGCUUUGCUCGUCACCGUAAUAUCCGCAUCAUCAUCGGGAUCAGGGUCUGGGUCUGGGCAACCUUCUGGAGACGGGUCUGGUGAUGAAACGACUGAAGCAUCAUCAUCAGGGUCUGGGUCUGGGCAACCUUCUGGAGACGGGUCUGGUGAUGAGACGACUGAAGCAUCAUCAUCAGGGUCUGGGUCUGGGCAACCUUCUGGAGACGGGUCUGGUGAUGAAACGACUGAAGCAUCAUCAUCAGGGUCUGGGUCUGGGCAACCUUCUGGAGACGGGUCUGGUGAUGAGACGACUGAAGCAUCAUCAUCGGGAUCAGGGUCUGGGCAACCUUCUGGAGACGGGUCUGGUGAUGAAACGACUGAAGCAUCAUCAUCAGGGUCUGGGUCUGGGCAACCUUCUGGAGACGGGUCUGGUGAUGAGAUGACUGAAGCAUCAUCAUCAGGGUCUGGGUCUGGGCAACCUUCUGGAGACGGGUCUGGUGAUGAGAUGACUGAAGCAUCAUCAUCGGGGUCUGGGUCUGGGCAACCUUCUGGAGACGGGUCUGGUGAUGAAACGACUGAAGCAUCAUCAUCAGGGUCUGGGUCUGGGCAACCUUCUGGAGACGGGUCUGGUAAUGAAACGACUGAAGCAUCAUCAUCGGGGUCUGGGUCUGGGCAACCUUCUGGAGACGGGUCUGGUAAUGAAACGACUGAAGCAUCAUCAUCAGGGUCUGGGUCUGGGCAACCUUCUGGAGACGGGUCUGGUGAUGAAACGACUGAAGCAUCAUCAUCAGGGUCUGGGUCUGGGCAACCUUGUGGAGACGGGUCUGGUGAUGAAACGACUGAAGCAUCAUCAUCAGGGUCUGGGUCUGGGCAACCUUCUGGAGACGGGUCUGGUGAUGAAACGACUGAAGCAUCAUCAUCAGGGUCUGGGUCUGGGCAACCUUCUGGAGACGGGUCUGGUGAUGAGACGACUGAAGCAUCAUCAUCGGGGUCUGGGUCUGGGCAACCUUCUGGAGAUGGGUCUGGUGAUGAGACGACUGAAGCAUCAUCAUCAGGGUCUGGGUCUGGGCAACCUUCUGGAGACGGGUCUGGUGAUGAGACGACUGAAGCAUCAUCAUCGGGGUCUGGGUCUGGGCAAACCUCUGGAGACGGGUCUGGUGAUGAGACGACCCAAGCAAUGGAUUUCACUCCGACAAGAUCAUCAUCGCGUUCUGAGCAAAGUUCUACUGCAGCCGCAGUAAUCGAUCCAACCAUGCAAGCAUCGGAGUCGGUGACUGAUAGUCCAGGGAGAGACUCAACAACAGAGGGCGCCCCACCGGAAGCACCUCACCAAACAACUUAUUCUGCCCCAAUGGUGGACUCGUUGACAACAGAAGCUGCACGACCAGCAGAUUCAUCAACUGUCAUGAUCGCAACUACUCGAUCAGUAGUAGAUUCCUCAACCGCGCUUCCUCCCGAAGAGUGUCCUUUGACCCAAGCAAGCUGCCAAGAAGGUACAUUUGAUGCUGACCAUUGUGAGUGUGCCUGCCCAAUGAUGUUAUCGGGAAGAUUUUGUCAAGUUUCAAACCCAUGUUUGGUUGACAGCCUUUGCCCUGUUGACUACCAGUAUUGUGUUGCGAAUGUCCAGUCCGAUAACGGCUACACGUGCGUUUGCAAUGCCUUGGACGGUUACAUCAUGAACGGAAAUGGCUUCUGCAUAAGGAAGGUUGCACGCAUUUUUCGGCUUCGAGUGUUUGGGAUCAAUGGAGGUCCUGUUGGCUUCAUUCAGCAAUUCAUUAAUCCAAGCUCUGCUGCGAGUACAGAGGUUUUAACCGUUAGUUCUGAAGUGAUCUUCUUCUUUCUAAACCGAAGCGUACUCACAUCAGCGGUGGAAGAUGUGGUAGGCAUCCGUGUGGUUAGUGGAGGCAGUAUAAUCGUCGAGUUUGUGGCAUUGUUUCCCGAUGAGAACUCCGCACCGACUGUCUCAACUCUACAGAAUGUCCUCCAAGAAACCAGCAUGCUGGAUGAUGGCUCCGACAAUCUAGAAGUUGACACCCAGUACGUCACUGACAGCCAAUCGUCUACAAGCUGCCCGCAGGACCACUGUAGCAAUGGUGGGUCGUGUGAUGUAUCGGGACUGUUCCCUGUUUUCACCUUCACCUGCAGGUGUGCAACCUCGUUCACCGGUGAGCAUUGCGAAUCAGUCCUGGCUCCUGCUACCGAUUCACCGAUGCCAUCCACGGUUGAACCACUCACCGAGUCUGCUACCCAAGACGUCUCUACAGUUUUAGUUCUCGUCCUCGUCUUCGCUGGCCUGCUGUUACUCGUCUUCAUCUUGGCCAUACUAGUCUGCCUCCACACCUUGAUGAGACAUCGCUAUCGUGCUGGUUACGUCUCCAGAUAUGAGCAACCUUCCGACCCCUACUGGACUUGGAGGAAUGAUCCAAUUCCUGUGUUCUCCACCAAUGUGGUACCUGACUACGAGCAGUCUGGCUACUACGGUGACUUUAACAAGACUCUCUUCAUGGGAAGAGACGAGGACCGGAGAAUGCGCCGACUGCAUCAGGUCAUGAGUCACUCACCUUACUUGCAGCAGGGCCUGAUGGAUUUGCCCAGCAAUCAUGCAGGAUACUACAUGGCCACGGGGCACAACACCUACUACCAAGAGAACUCGAGGGAUUUGGAAGUAGCCGGGCGUGUGGUCCGCAAUCCUAAUCCCUACUAAAUACGGCGUCAACUUGACCAGUGAUGACCACUAUCAAGAGGAUUGAAUCUUGGAGGUGUUUUUUGGUCAAGACAAAGUUUGUAUUAUAACACCUCGCCCACAGAUUCUGUGUCUUGAUUGGCCGAGAGUGAGUCACAUGAUACUUUCAAUUUUUGCUACCUUUCUGUGCAGGGCCAAAAGUACCCUACCCGUAGCAACCAAAGUACUAUACCAUUAGCAACCAAAGUACUAUAUCCACGGCGCGGUAUUUGUGUGCAAAUGCAUGCUGGUGUGCGCGUUGCUUCU